GUAGACAAAUGGAAAUCCCCCAUCUUUAAUCUCUUUCAACUACGUUGGUGGAAGCUUAUCCCCUAUUUUCCCGAGAAAAAUUGUGGUCAGUGAAAAUGAAGUCGCUGCCAUUUUCAGCAGGAACUUACAUCCCCAAAAUCCCCAACCCUAAAAUCCUAAACAAGAAUGUGGAAAACCCACUGAUUAGAUGGUCAAAAACGAAGCCAAAAAUGGGUUCAAUAGGCAUUGUUGAGCAACAAAAUGAGAAAGGCAUAGUGUUAUUGAAGAGGAGAGAAGGGGUUGGCCUUGGUUUAUAUGUUGGGAUUGCUGAUGUUUUGUUGCAGUUGCUGCCACAACCUUGUCCCAGUGGUGCAGCUGUUGAAGUAGCCCCAGCGGCUUGUGAAUUGACUGUUAGUCCUUCAGGCUUGGCCUUCUGUGAUAAAGUUGUAGGGAAAGGCCCUGAGGCUGUUAAAGGGCAGCUGAUAAAGGCACAUUAUGUAGGGAGAUUGGAGAAUGGGAAAGUGUUUGAUAGCAGCUAUAAUCGUGGAAAGCCUCUUACAUUUCGUGUUGGCGUUGGUGAGGUGAUCAAAGGCUGGGACCAAGGUAUUUUAGGUGGUGAUGGAGUUCCUCCUAUGCUUGCUGGUGGGAAACGAACAUUAAGGCUUCCACCAGAGCUCGGAUAUGGUGUGAGAGGUGCAGGCUGUAAAGGAGGUUCAUGCAUUAUACCCCCAGAUUCAGUUCUCCUGUUUGACGUGGAAUUCAUUGGCAAAGCAUGAAAAAGUUAAUUAUUAUGUGAAGAAUGAGAAGUUCACCGGAAACUACACUUCAAUCACUUGUUUUAUGUUUUUUGUUUCAAACUUUGAUAUAUAAACUUCACUUUAAUUUUGAUAAUUAUAUGCAUAAAUUUUUUAUCUGAAAAAAAAAAAGAAAAUUUAGAAUAAUACCAUUAAUAAUGGUAGUUGUUGUUUGUAAAAUUUAAAUCAAGUCAAAAUUUCUUUUACUAAA